CGUUGGUCACUGCUGCUGCACCUGUUGGCUUUUGCCCCUGCCACGCCGAAGACGAUGGAGAAAAACAAAGUGCCAGCAAAAAAGAGGCUACGGGUUCCCACUCAGAAAAUGAAGGACCUGAGCUCCCCUCCCCCAAAUGAGCAAUCUGGAAAGUAUUAAGGGUGUGUUGCAUUCGUCAGAUGGGAGGAUGGUUAUACCGGCAAAAUCUUAAAGGAUCUGACACUUUGGCAAGAGAUGAGGCUCCUGUGCAGCUGCAAAAUCUUAGAUCAAGAGAUCCUGUUUUAGCAAAGUGGUCAGAUGGUAAAUUUUAUAGGGCCACUGUUGAAUAUAUUUCAGGGGAAGAUCAAGCUAACCCGCCAAAAGGCCACCCAACUCCACAGGAGUCCUUUUUAAAUAUGUUAAAAGGCGAUGAGCCAUCUGACUCAACGUCAGGGUCUGACACCAUUAUAAUAGAUAGGAGCCCACUGUCUGAGCAUGGCGAGAAAAUCCCAUCGCUGAAUCCAUCACCUGACGGGGGACAUGCAACAGGCCGCAACACAGCUGGACCACCACCCUAUGGAGGCCAUAAACCCAGCCCAUCACCUUAUGACCUCAAGACCUCUGGUCCAUCACCCUACAGAGGACAUAGAUCCAGCCCAUCACCAUAUGGCCUCGACACCCCAGGUACAUCACUCUAUGGAGGCCAUACACCCAGCCCAUCACCGUACAGCCUCAACACCUCUGGUCCAUCACCUGGUGGAGGCCAUACACCCAGCCCAUCACCGUACAGCCUCAACACCUCUGGUCCAUCACCUGGUGGAGGCCAUACACCCAGCCCAUCACCGUACAGCCUCAACACCUCCGGUCCAUCACCUGGUGGAGGCCAUGCAGCCAGCCCUGCAAGAAAAUGCAUGGACACCAUGUGAGGAUUGUAAGUGGGAGUUUGAAAGAAUUCUACAGGAAAAGAGAAGGAUCAAUGAAGUCAUCUCGAGAAUAGGCAAGUAA